UUCACCCUUUUUCCCCUUCUUUCUUCUUCUGCUUUUCCUCUCUGUCUCUCUCUCUCUCUACUAUCUACUCUCUUCAAAACCAGCACCAACCCAACCCUCCCACCAAUCGCACCGCACUCUCCACUUCCGUCCGCUGCUCGUCUUCCCCCGUCUGUGCUAAUGCAGGAGAUUUCUCGAGAUCCUACAAUGAUCAUCGGCAAUAGUCAUAAUGUAUUCGUUACAUACAAGAGAAAGAGGCUUUUCUCAAGAAGUGACUUGCAUUCGGAUAACCAUCCUGAGAUUUCGGUGGCAAAAUCCUCAACCAGUUUUGAGAAGGACGAGAAUGGUGUUUCUGAGCAUACGUUGCAGAGCAAGGAAAGAGACGUUGAGAUAAGCCAUGAAUGUUCCCAAAGAAAUGCCGAAGAAGAUGUGUUGCUGUGUGAACACUGCAACUCCAAGAAUCAAUGUCAAUGUUCUGAGGAAAAUGCUUCAAAGUUGCAAAAGCUUAACUCUGUGCGUUCAAAACAGCAAGAUUCGUUUGUUUCAAAGUGCCAGAAUUAUGAAGGAAAGCAUUGCACAUUUGAUGCGAAUGUAGCUUUGGAAGUGGAUUACAGAGAGACACAUCUAAUGGAAUCAGCUGCUGGAUCUAGUGCCGAUGAAAAAUCUUUUAAUCCUCAAACAAAACCAUUGUUGGUAAAGUCGGGUUUGGAGCAUAAGUUUGAGGAGAAAGUUUCACUUACAUCUUCUGAUGCAUCCUCUUUCAAGGAAUCGGAUUUGCGAUGCCAGAAAGUGUCCGGUGGAGCUAAUUGCAGCCAUCCAAUGGACAGUUGUGUUUCGGAAACAUAUACUUCAAAGGAGACAAACAAAGGGAAAGGAGAUUGCCCUGGUGGCUCCUGCAAUAACUCACAUACAUAUGGCAGGUUCUCAGCCUCAUUAAUUACAUACCAACGAAGAUCCAAGAGAAAAAGAAAUAUUGCUGCUCUCGAAAUUGUUUCUGAAACAGGAAUUUCUUACAAAAGUGUGAUGGCGUUGAAGGACAAUGAGAAACCCUCUGAUAUCGAUAACUUGCAUGUCUCUGCCGCCCCUGCCCCAGAAAUUGCGAUGGAUCCGCAAAAGGAUGUCCCUUCUGGAACUAUCCGAGACAUAGACUGCAAUCUACCGCUUGUCUCGAGUUUCGAUGAAAGUCAUCUACCCAGACCUUCAGACUUUCUUCCCAGCUCUGUCGGCUCGGGUAGUAAGAGUAAUGAAAAUUCACAAACUGUGGAAACUCAGUGCCGAGACAGCAAUUCUCAAUCAGUUGCUGCUGCUGUCGACAAGGGAAAAUCAGUCAUGGAAUCUGAGCCAGCAUCAGGCAACAUUUCCAGGAACACAUACCUUCAGCUAUUCCCGGAGAAUAGCAACGGAGACCCACCCCAGCUGCCCAACAACCAAGAAAAGCUGAGGCUCGGUAGUCAAGCCUGGCCUGGUCUUGUUCAACUACAGCCGAGAGAACCAUUUCAUGAUUUUAUGGCCCCAACACCCGAUCAAGGACAAUCGUUCGCCAGACAGAGGAUGAUGCUCGCAAGAGCUGCACGGGGGAAUCCGAGUGUCCUCCCAACCACUUUUCGAACCCCCCGGACUAACUGGACCGAAGCGGAGCUGGAUUGUCUCUGGAUCGGCGUGCGACGACACGGGAGAGGCAAUUGGGACGCGAUACUAAGGGACCGGAGGCUGCAGUUCUCACCAUGGAAGAUGCCUCGGGACUUAGCCGACAGGUGGCAGGAGGAACAAUCCCGGCUCUUCUCCCAAUCCCAAGUCAGGUAUGCGAAUCCAAUCCCGAAUCCCUUCCCACCGGGCCAUGUUAGCAGCCUGCUGCUGCAUCCACAGGCGAAUGGGAACUUCCCAAUCGACGAAUUCCAGCUUUCCCUCGGGAAUCCCUACCGAGCCAUUCCAAACAGGCAUCUUUUCCAUCCUACGAAUGCCCCGAAAUACAGUGUUGCCGGUAACUCUAGCACCUUGUCGCCGUUGGGUUAUUUCAACCCAACUGAAUACAGCCGGGAAUAUUCGAAGGGAGCUUUGCCACACUGGCUAAGAGAUGCAGCGGAAACACCAAUGGGCGUCGUUACUCCGUCCCUGCUUCAUCCCGGAUUGCAGUGGCCGAAGCUGGCCGCCCAUGGCCUUGCCGGGAGGCUGUCUCAGCAGCCGGCGGUGGACAACAGGUAUGCCUCCGCUGAAAGGAGAAACGAGGCGAGGAUGAACUCGCCGCCAGUUGCUAGACGGGGACGAAAUGCUGAUAAGCCGGAUGGGCCGAUUGUUAUUCUGAGCGAUGGCUCAUCGGAGGAGACUAUUUCCGAUGACCGCAGAGGAGGCGGUGGCGGCAGCGGCGGUAGGCCUUCUUAAGCUAAACUCACAUAUAUAUAUAUAUAUAUUUAGGAUGGAAGACGGUCUCUGGAGAUUGUUGUUUUGUAUAGUACUGUUGUAUUGCAGUUGUGCAAAAUGUUGGUGUGUUUAGAGUGCUGAAAUGCACAAUCGAAUCGGAUCGGAACUGAACUCCAGGAAGGAAUAUUGAGCUAUUCAAUUCAAUGAUAUGAAACAAAUUUGUUGAAUUAAUUUGA